AUGGAGACACAGAGGGAUUAUUAUGGCGAAUCCAAAACCUAUAUCAAGGAACUAAGAGCCAGGUUCCAAGAUCAGCCUGAAAAAUUAAGUAGCUUUUACAGGGUCAUGAAAGAUGUCAUGGCUCUAACAGAUGAGCUCUCAGGGAGAAUAGAAAACGUAUCUGAUGAUGUCUUGGCAAGAGUGAAGGAGAUUCUUGAAGGUCAUUGUGACCUGAUACAUGGGUUCAACUUGUUUUUGCCGCCCUCGCGUCGAUUUAGCCUUGAUGACGGUGAAGAUGAGACAGUAGAGGUAGAGGAUAAGGAGGAAGCUGCGGCUGUUUCAGCAGAGAAAACAAUGCUGUUACAGAAUUUUAUAGACAAGCAGAGGAUGCGUGGCGGAAAGGUCUGGGAUGAUGAUGUGACGGUUUUAAGACAGUUAAAGGACAGGAGGGAUCUCUAUAAAGUUAUUGUCCCGCUGUGCGGAGACGAUACUGAUUUACUAGAGGGUUUUUAUAGAUUCGUGCGAGCUUCUGAAACAACUUCAGGAGCAUCUCGUGAUCCAAACUCUCAAGAUAAAGAUGUGAACAACGGCAGAGAAGUUACAAUUCAGACUGGCGAGCAGCAGCAGGAGCAGCCUGAAAAGAUUGAUCAGGUGGGCGUAGAGAAAGAUGAGGAAAGAAAUAUUGUCAAGAAGGCAGGAAGAUACGCAGAGAAAGCAUAUGACAGGGUGGUCAUAAAAAAGCUCCGGCAGGAUGGACUCUGCUUGUUCGAGAAGGUUCGGAAGAGGCUAUCAUGUGAGAACAGCUAUUAUAAAUUCUUAAAGUCGAUUUUCUAUUAUACCAAUCGAAUGAUUCAAAAGGAUGAAUGGAAAGAAAGGAUAGCUGCUGUGAUUGGAAAGCAUCCUGAUCUCAUGGAUGAGUUCCAGCGUUAUGUUACAGACUCUGAGAAUGUUCAUGUAUCCAGGAAAAAAGAUGAGGAAGAGGAUGAAGGGCAGAAGAUUGGAACAAGGGGAUGCAAACAAAGGGACAAAAAGAAUGGGAAGUAUCUCUACAAGUCAAAUCGAGAACUUGAUCUCUCUCGGUGCACAAGGUGUACCCCUAGUUAUCUGUAUCUUCCAAAAGACUAUCGUGAUCCUCCUAAACACAACAGAAUGCAGCCCGAAUUGCAGGAGUUGAAUGAUCAAUUAUUGUUGGUGCCUCCAGGAACUGAGGACUUCUUCUCCAGGAACAUCGGUGAGAACGAGGAAAUCUUGUUUGAAUGUGAAGAUAAUAGACAUGAGAUGGACAUGCUAAUUGGUUGGUUUAGUUCAGCUGUUGAAUACGCAGAUGAAUUGGAAAAAGGCAUCCCUCAUGACAAAUUCAAAAAAGGGAAUCGGAAUAUCUUUUUAAGAUGUCUCGAACGUUUAUAUGAUGAUCAGGGUCUUGAUUUACUCCACAAAUUCAACGAACAUCCUCAACGUGCACUGCCUGUUCUAAAAGUUCGUUUGGAGCAAAAACUGAAGGAGCUGAAAGAUUAUCAUGAUGAACUUCGAGAGAAUUGGCUCAUUGAGCUCUUUGUGUCAGCAUCAUUAAAUUGGGCAGCAGAGACUAGAAAUUGGCUCAGCCAGAGCAGCAUAGGCAAUCUCAUUAUGGAUGAUAUCUACGCCGAGUGGCAGAGAAGUUGCUUGAUCCAAUUAUCAAAGGCUUCAUCACACUUGCCUGAGCAAAAGCUCAAGAGAAAGAUCCAGAUAAAAAGAGACCAUUUUCAAUCACUAAACAAGAUGUUGAAGCGAGUUCAACAUGAUUUGGUGAUUCCAAGGGCUGCUCAUGCUGGUGUAACCAUGGGUGAGAACUGGAGUGCAUCUCUGCGAAUAAACCUCAGCUCAACAAUGGAGCAAUCUAGUUCUGAAGUAUCAAGAACCGAGAUUUUCAUAAAGUUCUGGAAGAUGUGGAUUGGCAAGGUUAUGGAUCUUUCUGAUCCCACGCUUCUUGUUCUUGAUCUUUUUCUCUGA